AUGCCUGCUGGUCCUUUACUGGAUCAUAGUCAUCUUAAGCCUGGUGCUAAAGCUAAAUUACUCAAUCAUGCUAAAACUCUAGAACUGUAUCGAGCAAAUGCAAAAAAGACAAAUGAUGUAGAAGUGAUUUUCGAAUUUGCUUGUUUUCUGAUGGAUUUAGUUAAAGAAAUGAAUGAGGAAGAUGAUGAUCGUCAAAACACUACUUCAUCUCCGACUACUUCAAAGUCUAAAAAAGAAAAAGGUUCAUUAACACAAGAAUCAAUUAGUUUAUUACAAAAACUAGCGAAUCGAGGUCAUGUAGAAUCUCAAUUCUUAUUAGCAGAUAGUUAUACAAAACCAAAUGGAAUGACCAAUCCUACUAACAAUGGAAUAGGACAAGUUUUACCAAGUGGUUUAACCGUACCUAGUGCAGGGCCGAUUGGAAAAAGUUCUAGACAAGAUUAUGAUCGAGCGUUUCCUCUGUUUGUCUUGGCUGCUAAACAUGGUCAUGUGGAAGCUAUGUUUCGUGCUGGUCAGUGUUGUGAACAUGGAUGGGGUACUCGUAAGGAAAGAGAUAAAGCUUUACAGUUUUAUAGGAAAGCUGCUAUUGCUCAACAUCCUUUGGCUAUGUAUCGACUUGGAUUAGCAGAUCUGAAUGGCGAUUUAGGUCAACCUCGUCGACCAAAAGAUGGAGUCAAAUGGCUCAAAAGAGCCGCAGAAACAGCAGAUGUAUCGAAUCCAAAACCAUUACAUGAACUUGCAUUAUUACACGAAAGAGGAAUCGAACAUGUAGUUUUUGUAGAUUUUGAUUAUGCAGUUGAAUUAUUAGCUAGAGCAGCUGAACUAGGUUAUGCACCUAGUGCAUAUAAAUUAGGAGAAUGUUAUGAGUAUGGAAGGAUGGGAUGUCCACAAGAUUCUGCAUUGAGUAUUCAUUAUUAUAAUAUUGCUGCACAACAAAAUCAUAAAGAAGCUUGUUUUGCUUUGACGGCUUGGUAUUUGGUUGGAUCUUCUGGUGUAUUACCUCAAUCUGAUACAGAAGCAUAUCUUUGGGCCAAAAAAGCUGCUGAAGCUGGUUUGGCAAAAGCAGAAUAUGCGAUUGGAUAUUUUACAGAGGUUGGAAUUGGGACUAAACGGAAUGAAAGAGAUGCGAUUGAUUGGUUUAGAAAAGCAGCUGAACAUGGUGAUAAACGAGCCAUUGAAAGAUUAAAGAAUGGAACUGGACGAAGUAGUGGUGGCACUCCUCCUGGUACUGGUCCUGGUCCUACUACCAAGACAGAUUCAGGUCAAGCUGGGAAAAGUAAAAAAGGAAAAGAAGGAAAAGAAGAUUGUUUAGUGAUGUGAAGUGAUUGUGAUUGUGAUUUGAAGGAAGAAGAAGAAGAAGAGACCUUUGUUAUUUUUGUCGUUCCCUUUUUUUUCAAGGGAGAAGGUAGACACAAGAAGGAUUUCUGAUCACAUCGAAUUCAUCUCUUCUCCUUUCUUUUGUGUGGUGUUGAUUUUUUUCUUUUGCUUUAAAGGGGUAAAGAAACUUGUAAGGUAAAGAAAGAUUUUUUUCGGAUGAUCAAAAAUGGACUUGAGAACACUUUGAUUUCUUUUAUUAUCACUACAUUAACAUUACACUCGUAAUAUAUAUAGAUAUAUAGAUAUGUAUAUUCGAGGGCAUAUAAAUUUUUAAUUUACUUUUAGAGACCUUUUUUUUUCCUAUUUUUUCUUUUCUACUUUAUCAAAUAAGCAUUUAACUCUUUUUUUUAUAUUUAUAUAUAAUAACUUAUUUGAUUUGAUUGUUAAUAAAGAAAAUGAAGAUGAACG